AUGACGGCUCCAAGAGGCCGGGGUCCAAGGGUUCACCAGCGGAUGAUAACCACAGACCCUGUCCGAUCCAUCCGUGUUGCUGCCUACGGCAGGACUUCCGCUUCAGAGUCCAGUGUGUGUACACGUCCGUUUUCUCCGUCCACUCGUCAGCUGGUGGGCAUUCAGGUGGCCUACUUGUCUCUGUCGUUCUGCCAGUGGAGCACGAUGCUUCUGCGGCUAGGCGGGAGAGACACGAAGAACCAAGAGACAGGGCAACAGAGCCAACCCACAGGGAGACAGAGUAAGAAGUGCCAGGCGGGCACAGGGGAGGCGGCCUCAGCCCUGAGAAAGGAGCCGGCAGGUGCCGGGCCGCCGGGCGAGGGGCGGACUUCCCAAGCGGAUGAACAGAAUGCAGCAGGACUUCAGGAGGGCUCACGGUCCCCUCUGACAGUGAAGGCUCGGGUCUCAAACUUCCAACGCAACCGACGACCAGGCUCUCUGCUCUCAAGAACGGCACCAAGACCUGCCCGACAGCAAGCAAGAGCCUCGGUGAGUGAGAUGCAGUGUGAGUCUGCCCGGAGGGAAGGACCGGCGACAGUGCUGCGAACUUGCAGAUCCUCUGACACCCCUCCGAUCCCCCCUCAAAAGCCAAGGAAGAGGCAGGAUCAGCGAGUACCGAGGGCCCCAAGUCAUGGACCCAGCAACUGCUCCAAGAGGGGAAGUGAUGCAGACAAAGCCGCCCUCCGGGGUCAGAGCCAGACGCUCGAAGCAGAUUUUUUUUUUCUCUCCUGAGCAAGAGGCCCCGGCGGUCUUCCUGUCUGGCC